AUGGAUUGGAAGCGCCGACGGACCUUGCCAACUGCGUGCGUGAAGAAAGUGGCCAUUGUUGGAGGAACGCAUGGCAAUGAAACCAACGGUGUGCACUUGGCGAAGCAUUUCAUGAGGAACAUGUCCCUGGUGAAGCGUCCCUCCUUCGAGACGGAGGUCCUUCUGUCCAAUGUUGCGGCGAUCGAACAGAACACUCGCUACGUUGAGGAAGAUUUGAACAGGUGCUACUUCCUGGCAGAUCUGCAGAACGACCAGAUGUCCAGAUCCACCUUGGAGCGAAAACGUGCGCGCGAGGCGUGGAGUCGGACGUGGGCGGAGCUGGUGGAGCUGGUGCAGUUCGUUAACUACGCUGAUUUAUGA